AAUAAGUUGCUAGCGGUUCCUCCUCAGACCUCGAGGCGUCGUGACGCGUGUGACGCGUGUGUGUGUUUGUCACCUGGGGAAAGAAAAUUGGGACGGCGAGGAUGUGAGACCCGGAAUCGCUAGCUUUUAUCUUCUCGUUUCGUCAAAUCGUCAUCCCACUCUUUACCAGGCUGCAUCCCGCUCGUUUGAUUUCUUUCACCCGUGCGUGCUGCUGCUCGCUGUGGAUUCCAUGCUUCACCGCAUGUCUCCUAAAUCAAGCUCCCUCCUCCCUUCCUUAGUCGGUGUUAUCCUCGUCUACGUGUUGUUUCCGUGGUUGGCUCCUCCUUCACAGUGUCACGUUCCGUAAUCACGCUCACCAGUGUCACGUUCGGCAGUGUCACGCUCGACAGUAUCGGUUCGCUAGUAACACUUCGGAGCAAUUCCACUUGGAGUACCCCAAAGAAAUUGGUUUUGCGACAAUGAAGACAGAUUCCGUCCCAUGGCGUCCAAGUCGUUCCGUCACCGUCACCGUUAGUCUCCUCGCCUUAGCCGGCAUCUUUUUCCUUUCAGCCGUCACCUUCUGCUGGUUUCCCUCGCAGCCAUCACGUUCCCCUUCGCCGUCUGUUGAUUCCACUCUAGGCUCACCGAUUCCGGUCAGGCGUAGACUCAGAACACGGCCAGUUUCGGUCAGCUACACGUAUCUCCGGUCUCUGUUCGCUCAGGCCAAUUAUGACGUCCAUAAUCUCCUGCGUUCUUUCGCAUCAGUUCACUCGUCGCAUGACCCGUCAGUUCGCUCCUCCUCGUCGCAUGACCACUCAGCUCGCUCGUCGCAGGACCCAUCAUUUCGCACAUCGCAUGACCCAUCAGUUCGCUCGUCGCAGGUUCAUCAUUUAGGUCCCGGAGACAUUGGAGGCAGGGUGGUCCCGUAUGAGCGACUCACUUUGUCAGCCGGAGACGGACAGAAGGAGCAUGAUUUUGAGGCGCCUAAAAAAUACACUGGAGGCGGAGAGGGACAGAAGGAGCAUACUUUUGAGGCGCCUCAAAAAUACACUGGAGGCAGAGUGGAGCCGUAUGAGCGACUCUCUUUGUCAGGCGGAGACGGACAGAAGGAGCAGCUGGUUGUUUCUGACGGAGUGAGACAGAAAGAGCAGCUGGUUGUUUCUGACGGAGACGGACAGAAAGAGCAGCUGAGUGUUUCUGACAGCGUGGGACACAAUCAGCAACCGUCUCCGUCCAAUUUUCCCCACUGGCGGCCGUGGCACUGUGUGAGACACAAGCCCUUCGUUACUGUCACACGCACAAAUUUCUUCAGCACAGGCAGCAGUGACAGCAUCAGCAACAGCAGCAGCAACAGCAGCAGCAACAGUAGCAGCAGCAACAACAGUAGCAGCAACAGCAGCAGUGACAGCAGCAGCAGCAGCAACAGCAACAGCAGCAGUUUCCCCAGCAGCACCAGCACUAGCACCAGCACCAGCACCAGCACCAGCAGCAGCAGCAGCACCAGCAGCAACAGUAACGUCUUCGAUAUUGACAUGCCACUGGUUCAGCUGCUUCUGCUGCAUGCCGCUACAGUGUACAACGAAGACAUCGCAUCUUUACACGCGUGGAACUGCUCCCAGUGCGUGCUGCCAGAGAUGAGGUGGUUCCAUCUGUUCCAGAUCAUAGUGGAACCCACUGCUCGCCUGCAGGCCUAUGUGGGCUGGGACCCCGCGUCUCACCUCAUCAUCGUCUCCUUCAGAGGCACCUGCACCUCCUCCCUGCGCAACUGGAUCGCAGACCUCGAAGCCGUGCCCCUCUCCCUCAACUACCCCGGUCUGCGCCACGCCCGUGUGCACCGGGGCUUCUACUCCGCCUACCACUUCACGCGCCUGCGCCCCGCUGUCGUGCACGCGGUGCUGUUUCUCCUCACUAUUCUUCCCGGAUCAUAUCGGGUGGCAAUCACAGGGCACUCCCUUGGAGGGGCUCUGGCGACCCUCAGUGCACUGGACUUGCAGGUGUCCUACGACCUCCAGUCAUCCGACAUUCGAGUCGUCACUUUUGGCUCGCCUCGAGUGGGCAACGCUGUUUUCGCUGCCUACUUCAGCCAGAAGGCUCCUAGAAGCAUCCGGGUCACCAACUGGAAGGAUCUCGUGCCGCACUUGCCGCCCGCAACCAUUGGCUACCACCACGUGGCUACAGAGGUGAGGUAGCAGGAUGUCAUGGUUUGGAUAAUUCCCGAUUCGGUGCAGAAGCUCUCGUUCAGUCAUGAAACUUUUGAGGCGCCUCAAAACUCGUUCAGUCAUGAAACAUUGCCAAUGAUGGAAUCCGCUGCAGCACAACCCGCUGCAGCACAACCCGCUUCAGCACAACCCGCUGCAGCACAACCCGCUUCAGCACAACCCGCUGCAGCACAACCCGCUUCAGCACAACCCGCUUCAGCACAACCCGCUUCAGCACAACCCGCUUCAGCACAACCCGCUUCAGCACAACCCGCUUCAGCACAACCCGCUUCAGCACAACCCGCUUCAGCACAACCCGCUUCAGCACAACCCGCUUCAGAAGAUUUGGGAGCACCCACUCUGGUCUUGUCAAAUGCAAGGGAGCGUCCUGGCCAUUCUUGGUUACAACGACAAUCGUUACGGCACCAACUGUUACAUCGCCAGUCGGAACAGAGCGAUUUGUUACAACGGCAAUUGUUACAACACCGAGUAUUGCAAGAGCAGCUUAUUCUGCUUGACGAAAGAAACGGCCACGCCGCACAUCAAGGUAAUCUGACGUGGCAUGUACACCAGUGUGACGAGACAGGAGAAGACCCUUGCUGCAGCAGGUCUGUUGUGGGGGACAGCAUUGCCAACCACCUAGAGUAUCUGGGGGUGCCCCUACACUCAGGGCGCAGCUCAGGUGAAUUUACCAGGCUGCAGGAACCGUCAGGUGCUUCCAACAGAGGGCAGAAACAUCGGAGACUUGUGCUGAAGAGCUGAGCUUGUGGCAAGCCCCAAGGUCCAACCAAUCCCAUCACAUCUGAGUGUAUGGGGGUUUCUUCUGAAACCACCUAUUGUGUAUAACUGCUCUCGUGGGUUCCAUAAUCCAUUUUGAGGUGUAUAGUUUCUCGUAUGUGUUUCAUUUCUUAAAUGUUCAGCUGCUUGUAUUGUCAUAACUCAGUCACUAACCACUGAGUUAAAAAGGCUUGUUUAGUAGCGGGUAAGUGCGCCCAUAACCCCCCAGGCUCUGUACCUGUGACCCUUCCCUGAGGAUCUCAAAGGCAACCCCAGUGGGCCUCUCGACACCCCCCCUCGUUAGGAUAGGCGCGGAAGACUUGGGAACUCUUGUCAACUUAUACGUGUGCAUUACAUUUAGAAGUUGUAGGCUAGACAGGGUUGUGUUCUUAGAGGGUACCACACCAACCCAAUAUCACUCCUGUA